AUGAAGAUAUCAACUACUUUUUUAACCCCUUUUCUUUUCACAUCUUCACUUGUUUCUGGAAGAACGCUCUCAGAUUUGUUGAUUCCUAAAUUCAACCCAAGAAAUGCAAACCCUGCCAUUCUUCCACGCAACCUCCCCGCAAAUACACACUUUGUGCCUCUUGACGACUUGCCCUUUCUGGAAGAAAAACUUGUCAACUUCAAGUUCAGCAGUGUCAAUGGCAAACCAGUAAUGAUAAUUAAAGAUGACGACCCGGAUCUUUCUUUUGAAAAACGUCGGGGUGGAUCCAGCGGCGGUAAAUCUGGGAGUAGCAGCAGCGGCAGUUCAAGUAGUUCGAGUAGUGGUUCUGGAAAAACAGGUUCAUCAUCUUCUUCAUCAAGUGGUUCAACUUCUUCUUCGUCACGGGGUUCCUCUACUUCUUCUUCAAGGCUUUCUAGUGGCCUGUACUCUGGAGGUGCAGUAACUCCCUUUGCAGCAGGAGCAGUUACUGGUCUUGGUCUCGGCGCCGUGUUUCUUUUAGCUGGUGCUGCUUCUUCAGCUUACCCAGGAUAUUGGGGCCACUAUGGUACCUAUGAGUACUCCUAUAAUACUACUAUCAACGGAACUGACUAUGUUGUCCGUUGCUUUUGCAUGCAGUACAAUCCUUGCUCUUGCGAAAAGACUGAAAACCAAACUUAUUUUGACAACCUUCCAACGAACAUUUCAAAAACUACCAUUGACUCUAAUGGUACCCAUUUUGUUGUCAUUAAUGGCACCCUUACGAAUCAAACACAGGCAACUGCUACAAGUUCAAGCUCAGCAUCCGCGUCAAGUGCUUCGGCAAGUGCUUCGGCUGCUGCAACAACCAGUAGUACAUCUUUUGCAAAUAUUUUGGGAUCUCCAAACACUCUUUUCACAAUUGCCAUUGCUGCUGGAUCUUUAUUUUUGUAA